AGGCGGCGCUCUGUUAGCAUGGAGUACAUCGCCGCUCUGUGAUAGGUCUGUGCGACAGACACAAGGCGACAGCAACAAAUAAUAUUCCUCAUGAAGAUGUUUUUUUUUUAAGGCAGCGCGUCCAUAAACACGUUACCAUGAUUGACUAGAGCUCAGAGGGCGGAGAGCUGCCGUGAACCUGAAGAUGAGGCGUCUGUCCAGGAAGAAAGCCCUGAACCUGGUGAAGGAGCUGGACGCCUUCCCCAAGGUCCCGGAGAGCUACGUGGAGACCACGGCCUCCGGAGGGACAGUGUCACUGAUAGCGUUUAGUGUCAUGGCCCUCCUGACCACCUUAGAGUUCUUUGUUUACCGGGACACCUGGAUGAAGUACGAAUAUGAAGUCGACAAGGAUUUCUCCAGCAAGUUGAGAAUAAACAUCGACAUCACAGUUGCCAUGAAAUGCCAGCAUGUUGGAGCCGACAUUCUGGACUUGGCUGAGACCAUGAUCACAUCCAAUGGCCUUCAGUAUGAGCCUGUUAUCUUUGACCUGUCCCCACAACAAAGACUAUGGCACAGGACGUUGCUUCUCAUCCAGAACAGGCUGAGAGAGGAGCAUGCCCUGCAGGAAGUCCUCUACAAAACUGUCCUAAAGGGAGGCCCCACCGCCCUGCCCCCUCGGGAGGAUGCCUCCUUGGAGCCCCUCAAUGCUUGCAGGAUACACGGGCACGUCUACGUCAACAAGGUGGCAGGAAACUUUCACAUCACCGUGGGAAAGCCAAUUCACCAUCCUCGCGGUCAUGCCCACAUUGCAGCUUUUGUAACCCAUGAAACGUACAACUUCUCCCAUCGAAUAGACCAUUUGUCUUUCGGGGAGGAGAUACCGGGCAUCAUCAAUCCUCUGGACGGCACAGAGAAAAUCACCAAUAACAACAACCAGAUGUUCCAGUACUUCAUCACAGUGGUGCCCACCAGGCUGCACACGUACAAGAUAUCUGCAGACACACACCAGUUUGCUGUGACUGAACGGGAGCGGGUAAUAAAUCAUGCAGCAGGCAGCCACGGCGUCUCCGGCAUCUUUGUCAAAUAUGACACCAGCUCUCUGAUGGUGACAGUCAGGGAGCAGCAUAUGCCGCUGUGGCAGUUCCUGGUGCGACUGUGUGGUAUUAUCGGGGGCAUAUUCUCCACAACAGGCAUGCUGCAUGGGUUUGUUGGCUUCUGUUUUGAUGUUGUCUGCUGUCGUUUCAAGCUGGGAGCUUACAGGCCCAGAGAGGUCAUGCAGCCACACAACCAGAUGAACAACCACCAAACCCCACUGCUGGCUGACAAUGCCCCCCCCCCAGGAGUAGCUGUAGUUUUUAAGUGGCCGGGACGUGGGCCAUCACGCUGUUCAUCCUGUCGCCAUGUUUUUAUGUCGAGGAAGUCACCUGCCAAAUUUUAUGAAUGAAUGCUGAGAAGUUCACUGCCUCUCAUUCCAGUGGAAAGAUUGCAUUACUCAGCUCAUUACAGACUGUACCAUUUAAUUUAUUCUGUUUUCAAAAGUACUGUGAACAGUUUCUCUAAAUGCCAACACGACCACAUUUACUGGUGUUUUUUUUCUGCUGCAGAAGGUAAUGCUGGCUUUCAAUGUAUUGCAACAUGUCAAGAGAUUAUUGAAAUGUCAUGGUUGUAUACUAUGCUAUUUACUGUAUAGCUUGUGAAAUUCACACCGUUAAUCGCUGGUACUGUAAAGUCAAGACACUGUAUGUUUCCCUAGAUUUCUGGAAAAUAAUGCAUCAUGUGUGCCCUGCGACUGCAGUGAUGCAUGUGUUUUUGUACAUUAUUUCCUUUCAGCAUCAUGUAAUGAUGAAUGUUUGGUUAUUUUUUUUUAAAUUUUUUUUAAUUGUAGUACCAUUAAAUAUUAGGUACGCUUAUGGGUGGAUUUA